AACCAUGGACGUUGAAUCGGAGGGCGUCCAGCCGGUGAGCGGCACCGGGAAUGGCCAUUCGGCCACCAUCACCACCAUUGACACGGACGACACACACCAGGAGCUGGCCGCCCGGAGGCGGAUGUUCAUGUCACAGCCCUCGACGGUGGCCAUCCGGCGGCAGCAGGCCGUUUGCGUUCGGCGGGCACACAAAAUCUACGGCACCAAGAAGAACCCGAACGUUAUCCUGGAUGGGCUCAACAUGACCGUGCAGAAGGGAUCGAUUUAUGGCCUUUUGGGAGCAUCCGGUUGCGGCAAAACCACCCUCCUGUCGUGUAUCGUUGGUCGACGGCGGUUGAACUCCGGUGAAAUCUGGGUUCUCGGUGGCCGACCUGGAUCCCGUGGCUCUGGAGUGCCCGGACCUCGCAUUGGCUACAUGCCCCAGGAGCUGGCCCUGUACGGGGAGUUCACCAUCCGGGAAACAUUAAUCUACUUCGGUUGGAUCUGCGGCAUGACUCCCGAACAGGUGGACGAAAAAACCGACUUUCUGCUCAAACUCCUUCAGCUACCGAACGCCUCCAGGUUCGUGAAGAACCUUUCCGGUGGACAGAUGCGGCGUAUGAGUCUGGCAGCUGCUCUGCUUCACUCUCCGGAAUUGCUGAUCUUGGACGAACCCACCGUCGGAGUUGACCCAGUGUUACGACAGAGCAUUUGGGACCACUUGGUUGAAAUAGUUAAGAAUGGAAACACAACAGUGAUCAUCACCACUCAUUACAUCGAAGAAACUCGACAAGCCCACGUGAUCGGCUUGAUGCGAGGUGGAAAGUUCCUUGCCGAGGAGUCACCUGCCGAACUGCUUGCCCAGUACCAUGCUGAAUCGUUGGAAGAUGUCUUCCUGAAGCUGUCCGUUAUGCAGAACAUGGGCAAACGGCGUCGAUCGUCGAUUGCCCAGGAGGUUGUGGAGAACAUCCGAGUGCCGGCUAUAUCCAAUCCCGCACUGGAUCUUUCGCCGGAGGAAGACCACGGUGAAAUCUCCGGCGAAUUUGGCGACAACAUCUCAAUGUCCUCGCGUGGUCCCGAUUCGAUCACACCGGAAAUACAAGCUCCUCCGCUUCCGCCGGAAGAAGAAACCAAAGUUCCAUUCAUCGAGUACUUUAAGUUUGUCAAACCGAACCACAUGCGAGCACUGAUCUGGAAGAAUUUCUUGUGGAUGUGGCGAAACGUUGGAGUAAUGGCUUUCAUCAUCGGACUUCCCGUUGGUCAAAUUAUCCUCUUCUGUUGGGCAAUUGGACACGAUCCUGUGGGGUUACGAGUGGCUGUCACAAAUCAUGAACUGGAAAUGGCUAACCUUUCUUACACUGAGUGUCCUUCAUACCCUGGUUGUAACUAUACGCUUCUCAGUUGUCGAUACUUGGAUAAUUUGAAAAGUAGGAACGUCGAUGUGCAACUGUUCCAAACCGAAGAAGAGGCUAUAAAUCAGGUCAGCAGAGGCAAAGCAUGGGCGUCGAUGAUAUUCUCGCACAACUACUCGGAAGCUCUGGUUGAACGUUCGGAGAACAUCCGAAGUGUGGAAGAGUGGACUCUGGAUGCAGCGAGCGUUGCCGUCAGCAUGGACAUGUCAAAUCAACAGAUCGGAAACCUCCUGUACCGAGACAUCCAGUACGCGUACUUCUCGUUCAUCGAAAGCAUCUUGAGCGAUUGCGAUGUGAAUCCCUCGAAUGGACGGUUACCAAUCCAAUGGCAUAAGCCUGUUUAUGGAGACGUGAGGCCCAACUUUACUGACUUUGCUGCACCUGGUGUUAUUUUGACCAUCAUCUUCUUCCUGUCGGUGGCGUUGACUUCCGGUGCGAUGUUGAUCGAGCGAAACGAAGGAAUCCUGGAGCGGUGUCUGGUUUCCGGCAUCACCGGAGUGGAGAUUCUGUUUUCGCACGUGACGACACAGUUUUUGGUGAUGUGUGGACAGACGGCGCUGGUGAUCCUGUUCAGUUUCUACGUGUUCGAUUUGACCAUCCAUGGUGAAAUUUUCUGGGUCGUCAUGUUGACGAUACUGACCGGGCUGUGCGGAAUGUGUUUCGGCUUCGUCGUGUCCUGCUCGUGCGACAACGAACGGUCCGCCACCUACAUGGCCAUGGGAAGCUUCCUGCCGAUCGUGAUGCUGUGCGGCAUCAUUUGGCCCAUCGAGGGAAUGCAUCCGGUGGUGAAAAUCUUCUCCGUCUUCUUGCCGCUAACCAAGUCCACUGAGUCGCUGCGUUCCAUCCUGCAGCGAGGCUGGCUCAUAGGCAAUCCGAACGUGUGGAUCGGAUUUGCCUCGACCGGGAUCUGGAUCGUGAUAUUCUUGACCAUCAGUAUAUUGCUGCUCAAGUUCAAGAAGGGUUAAUCUGGUUGCUCAUGACACACCUUACUAGCUAACUACUAUUGAAGGCUUUCUAGGGUAAUUUUAUACAUUGAUACUUUUAGCUAGGAAUGAAUGAAAAGAGUGGAGAACUGUGUCUUGCAUACUUUUCAACUAGGUAGAUCCAAAUAUAUUGUACUUCUGAACGGAGAGGACUGACGAGCGGUAGUUCUUACGAUUAUUCUAUCGUGUGUUUACCCAUCUAGGAUAAGCUAUUUAGCAGCAGUGUACAUAACCCAGACAUUUUUUAUUUAUAAACACAAGCAUUACACACUGUGUUGGACACUUUAGGUCUGAUCCUCCUUCGCUAAAUUUAAACAAAAAAUCUAUUGUGAUGGUCUAUUGCAGAGUUUCUGUUUUCGUGUUACCAACUAAUGUGCUUAAUGAAGCACGCCAGUUAAUCAAGUCAAUAAAUUCAAAAUCCCCAAAACACCCA